AUGGCAACCGGCGUGGACGCGAAGCUCCUCAAGAGCACAAAGUUUCCACCCAUCUUCAACCAGAAGGUGGACACACAGAAGGUCAACCUACAGGUGAUGAAAAAGCACGGCUCCCCUGCACUCUCCGACAUCCUGGGCAACGAUGACGAUGUCGUCAUUGAACUCUGCUGCAACCUGAUAGAGAGCGCUCGACACCCCGACAUCAAGUCCCUUCAGAUCCAGCUUACCGGCUUCCUCGAAUCCCAGACCCCCGAGUUUUGCAAAGAGCUAUGGACUCUGCUUCUCAGUGCCCAGUCCAGCCCACAGGGCAUUCCAAGAGAACUCUUGGAGGCAAAGAAGAUGGAGCUGAUCCAGGAAAAGAUUGAGGCUGAGAAAGCCGCCGAUGAAGCACGCCGGAAACGCAGCGAAGUCGGCCGUUUUGACCGCGACCGGCCACCCCAGGGUGGGGACCGAGGAGACUCGUGGAGGGGUGGUGCUGGCGGAGGACGCCGUGGUAACGACAGCCGUCGUGGCCGGAGGUCGUUCCGCGGAAACGAUGGCUCAGGGGGCGGCGGUGGCCAGGGCGGUCGUGGCGGAGACCGCGAUCAAACACCGCCAGGGCGCGGGCGUGGCAAGUUCCGGAGCGAUCGUGGUGAUGGAUUCCGAUCCGCUCAACACGAUCUCUAUGUUCCCAACGACCGCCUCACCAUCCCGGUCAUCCUCUUACUCUCGCUCUCGCUCAACCUCUCGCUCAACCUCAGAACGUUUUGGCUCAUCAUACUCUCGCUCUCGCUCUCGGUCCGAAUCUCGAUCCCGCUCUCGGUCGCCUCCUCGUCACCGUGCUCAGGAUACCGAAGCCAGUGCCAGUGGAGACAAGCGGUUCCGGUCGCCACCUCGGACGCAACGUGA